UCUCAAAAUCUGAGCGGAGCCUCAGCGGCAAGAUAUCGCCAGUGGCCUGCUUAAAAGCAGUUUCUUUUGAUGAAGGUGUCUCAUGUCUCGCUUGUAAGUAGUUAUUUAAAGGGUACUGUCGUCUGCUUAUUCUACACUUUCUUUUCCAUCAUCAACACCAACUUCUUUCGCUCAUUUUGCCUUGGUUCUGCCUCACCUCCCCAUCUGUCCAAUAUGAAAUACCUAUUGCCUGUAACAAUUGCCCUACAAUGGGCUACCCAAGCCCAGGGCAAAGCUGCUUUCGCCCAUUUCAUGGUGACAAACUCCCAAAAUUACACGGCUGCGGACUGGAGUGAUGAUAUUUCGCUGGCCCAAGCAGCACACAUUGAUGCUUUUGCUCUCAAUAUGGCCUAUGGUGACCCAGUUAAUAGUGCUGGGGUUUCUGCUGCAUUUGCAGCCGCCGACAGUGCGGGAUUCAACCUCUUUUUCUCGUUCGACUACGCCGGCAAUGGUGCAUGGCCUAUGGACCAGGCCUGCCCUUUGUGUCGACUUUCGAGGGGCCAGCAAAUGCAGAAGACUGGGUUGAAAUCAAACAGCAGACGGGUUGUUUUCUUUAUGCCUGAUUGGAGUUCUCUAGGAGCCAAGGUGGCUAUGGAGCAAGCUAAUGGGGUUGCUGACGGUUUAUUCAGCUGGGAUGCUUGGCCUUGGGGUGGGAAUGAUAUAAUGAUGUAUGGUGAUGCUUCUUAUGAUCAGUAUCUCGGCGGCAAGCCGUAUAUGAUGCCGGUCUCGCCGUGGUUCUAUACCAAUCUCCCUGGCUAUGACAAAAAUUGGCUUUGGCGAGGAGAUCAUAUCUGGGCCGAUCGCUGGAUCCAAGCGAUGUGGUGGCAGCCUGAAUUCGUUGAAAUCAUCUCAUGGAAUGACUACGGCGAGUCACACCACAUAGGACCCUUGCGCGACAAUGCUAUGGCAGCUUUCGAUAUUGGUGAAGCGCCUUUCAACUAUGCGCUUCAACAUGAUGGCUGGCGUGAUAUUUUGCCCUUUGCGAUCGAUAUGUACAAGAACAACGUCUCUACUAUAACCAAAGAAGGUGUUGUCGUCUGGCAUAGACUGUCUCCAGCAGCUGAUUGCUUCCAAGACAAUACCACAGUCAACACGGCUUCGCAGCUGCAGAUGGAGUUUCCGCCAGCAAAGAUGCUCCAAGAUGCUGUUUUCUUCACCGCUCUUCUUGCCGAAGGUGACAAUAUCGGCGGUAUGACCAGUGGAAUUACUCUUUAUCACGAGCCGGAAGGCGGUGCCGGGUUAUACAUGGGGUAUGCCGACUUCAAUGGUCUCAGCGGCAUAGUAGAUCUUCAAAUUAGCCGUGGCGGCCAGACGGUGGUAACCUUUUCUGGCUCGAGAGAGAUUGCAACAAUCUGUGCUAAUGGGUACAAUAAUUUUAAUGCAUUUGUUGAAAGUGCAUGGUCAGACAAUUCUGUUUCCGUCCAAGUUCCAUCGUUGAGUGACACUAUAUGCGUCAAUGGAACUGGAUAUGGGGAAUUUGAAAUGCUGUGUAACUAUGCCUGUGGACAUGGCUAUUGCCCACGAGGGGCAUGUCAACCAACGCUCCCAGAAUGGACUGGGGUUAUAGGACACCCAGUUGGAGAUGAUUCCUUUGGGGGACUUUGCGGCUUUGCGUGUGGUCUUGGCUAUUGUCCCACAGAACAUUGCUCAACUGUCGAGGUUGUUAUCACUCCGCCUGCGGUGUCACCAUUUACGCCAAGUGCCUGUACUGGAGGAUCGGGAAUCGGGGACUGGAAUGAUAUCUGCACCUUUACGUGCGCCCACGGUUUCUGUCCUAUUGCUUUGUGUGAAUGUGAGGAUACUGGAAUCCUGGAUCUUGCUCAACCAAACGAAACUGCCAAUGCCAUCUCGGUAGAUGGAGACGAUUUUGGACUGUGUGGCUUUGCGUGUGACCGUGGCCACUGUCUCGUCGAAGUUUGUGUUGAUGCCGAUAAUAUGGAUCAGUAUGGCUACGGCCCAGACUACAAUGCCCCUGAUGAUUCUUACUACGACACAUCUGACCCCCUCAACAUGAUAUACUGUGAUGCUAGUUCCCAGCCCACGACGCUCGAUGACCUACUUUCCGCUACAGCCUCCCAGUCAAUUCCAUCUCAGUGUUGGAGUCGAUGGACGCUGGGGAUUCUGCUUGAGACACUUGACGACCUACAGGACGAGUACAACACAUCCGUUCAAGGAUUUGACGAUAAGUUCGGUUACUACGUCCAGUGGGUCAAGGACAGCGUUGGUCCUGCUCUCAGUGACUUUAUGGAUGUUGGAACUGGUAACGGCAACGCCUUCUUUGAUUGCAGAUGGAUUGCAGGCGGUAGGGGGACUACCACAGUUCCAUGUACUGAGAUCAGUUCACUAAACGGCGCCUCAGAAAGUUGGAAUCUUGAGUAUACACUGGUUGAUUCUGACGGAUUUUAUGCAGCGGUCGCAAGCCAGCUAGGCAUUGAGAGAGACUGGAUUGCUUUUGGAGACUGGGAAGGACCAACGGAUUGUGUCAUUGUACAGGGGACAUUACAGAACAUUCCACGGGCGAUUGGUCCUGGAGGAAGCGGUGGAGGCAAGUCCUGUGUUGAUGUUACGCAUCGGAAGACCAACGUUCCAAUUGCAGCCUCUAAUAUCGUCGUUACAAACCCUAAGACAGUUAUAGAAGCAGCUAUGCCCAACAUUACUGCCUUGGCAGAUGUAGCUAUGGGUCUGUAUUUCGAGCUUGCGCUUGGAAUUAGCGAGGCAAAUGAUUCGGAUAUUACAACAGCAUUCAGCACACCAGUAUUCAUGCUCCAAAAUGCUGUUGACUCGAUGAAUAACAUCAAGGACAUCGGUGCAGAAGUAGAGGAAGAGGACAAAAAAAAUCUGAUCCUCGAGAUUCUGGGUAUAGUCCUCAUGGUGGUACCUAUUAUUGGAGAAGGUGGAGGGGCGCUUUUUGAUGGAAUUGCUAAUGUAGCUCGAAUUGCUACUUUAGUCGGAGAUGUUGGUAAUGCGGCUCUCACUGCCUACGACAUCGUGGAAGAUCCUUCAUCUGCUCCUUUCUCAAUCAUGGGUCUUCUCCUUGGAGGCCUAGGAAAGACAUCCAAAAACGAGGAGGAGGUUCUAGGCGAGGCGGCCGCUGCACGAAGAAGUUUAUCGGAUGAUGACUUGGCUCAAUUCGGGAAGGCUUUUGUAAAGAGCGAUUCUGACGUGCAAAGCAUUCUGAAGGCUUGUAUUAGUGGAGACUAG